CAACAAGCUACGACGACACCAACGCCAGCGCCAGCGCCACUGCUUUAGAUUUUUUUCUACAGAAAAUCCAGACACGACCAACACCCUAAUGCGCGCCAUUCAGAAAUGGUCGUUAUUUUCUCCACGUUGAUGAACUCCAAUGACUACCGUGCGAUGGUAGGCGGUUUCUAGACCACAAGUCACCCCGACUGAACAUCCUCGUCGGGCAGCUGCACCCACGACGAUGCCCCUCAGCUCCAACGAGUCUCCUAUCAUGUCGCACCACAACCCGGCCUCGCCGCCUGACAGACUCGCAAGAAACGGACCCUCGCCGGGCCUCAACGGUCUGCAUAGUCGAGAACCCUCCGUUACUCUGGCGAGGGGACGGCCGGCCGAUACUUCGACUCGAGGUCUCUCGACACUUCAAGCCCAAUCCCGAAGUCCUGGUCAAUCUCAUUCGAAGAGUCCUGAGCCCAACGCCGGUCGCCAAGAAGGUACCAUUGAGCGAAAGCCUUCUCUUUCUACAUAUGGACACCAUCGUAAGACGUCGAUCGUUCAUGGCAUCCAGCAUCUCCGAAAUAAGAGUUAUACGUCCUCCACAAGUCCUUUAAGCCCAGAGCUUAUUGCCUCGGCUGGGUUAGGUAGUACGAAUGCUCUCUCUUCGAAUUCAGACCUAUCACUUGCGAGCAGAGUAGAGCAGCCCGAACUUUCCUCGGCGCAUUCGGGUAAUGGGAACGGCGGUCUAGGCCAUGGCCUCAGCACAAUUCAAGAUGAUGAUCUAGGACGUCCCGUGAAAGAAAAAAGUACUACACCUCAAACCACAUCGUCCAGUGGAGAAGGUCGCAGAGGCCGCUCUCAGAGUCGCUCUAUUUCAAAGCCGGAAAUUAAAACAGUCGGCGAAUACGCUUUGCAUCAUCUUUUCAACUCGUUUGUGGCCCAUGCCGACACUAAGAUAAAUCAAAGCAUCAUUCGAGUCGCUGAAGUCGAAGCGCCCGUUGAAGAGAUCUGCGGCCAAGGUGCGGAUCCGGUUUUUGACCAGUGCAUUUCUGCUCUGGGUCAUAUCGCUCGCCAAAAGCCAAAGCCUUUGAUUGACACAAUAAUGUUAUGGAGAAAGAAAAAGGGAGAGGCGGCAGUCACCGCUAAACAGAAGAAGACCACUGUUCCCGAGAACGGAACUAUUGUCCGCCGAAACACAGAACCUAUCCAUGUAGGCAAUGUCGAAGCCGAAUCAAAUAGCGAGAAUCUACAACCAAAACCAACUCUUAUACAGACACAAGAAGAUAUACAGUUAGCCGAGCGCCAGGCCACAGUGUCGGUCUAUUUAGUCUGCCGAGUUCUGAUUGAAAUAUUCAAUCAAAGUAGCUUGGCCGCUAUCGGAAAUGAUAUAACAGAGCGAUUGGAAGAUAUAGUCUUCGGGCAGCUUAAGACCGUGGAUCCGGAGCAAAUUGCAGCCUCACCGCUACGGAUGGCUAAUUGGCGAAUAUACGGACAACUCUUGGGUAAGAUGAGCGAAACGAACUUUACGAGGGUCACCGCGCGCUACUUCGUCGAACUUGAGCGAUAUGAAAAAGAUGCUAUUGCCCGAGGGCAAUCCAGAGAGUUCGAUGCGAAAGUGGAAUUGCUAAUCUUGGGAAUGAGGCACUUCAGUAUCAAAACUUAUCCCGCAGAAGCGUGGACCAGCACGUGUGAUUUUAUGCGUUCAUUAGCUCGACUAUUUGUCAAUUCUCAUGGACAAAGGGUCAAACAGGCCUAUUGCUAUAUCAUUGAGAAAGUUUUGCUUGCGGUCGCCGCGAACCCCGCUUGCGAUCUUGCGCACUCACGAUGGAAAGAAUUCUUGGAAUUAAUAACGCCUCGUCUUUCACAAAUGUUAGCUAAGCCUCGACAUUGGAUGACAGUUUUUCCUAUAUACAGUGUAUUGCUCUGUGUCUCUUCCAAGGACGCUUUUGCUGGUCAAUGGAUGUCCUUGGCUAUGAGUCUGCCUGCACGCCUAAAGGAUCGACCUACUCGAGGGCUAGCGCUUCAAGCUUUAUGUCGACUAUUAUGGACCUAUUUGUUUAGAUACCCAGACCCCCCCAACGUGACCCUUCGGAGAGUUGAUGAGGUGAUCAAGGUCGCCUUACCUCCAGGAAAGAGAACGUAUCUCACAACUGAGCCUGCCGUGGUCGAGCCAUUGAUUCAACUCGUAAGAAUGACUGGUUUCAAACUUCCAGAUUUGUGCUUCAGAAACAUCAUUUUCCCAUUGAUAAACUCAGACCUCUUCAUGUCUGGAAGGGAACUCAAAAUCGAGCAGAUGGAACCCGAAAAAAUGGUGUUGGGAAUUAGGUCGUUUCUCGCCAUAAUGACCGACCUAGAAAAUGGCGAUCAACUCUAUCCGCCUUUUCCAGCUGGGCCUAUAUCAACGCACUUUGUUGACAUUCCAAAUUUUAUUCUUCCUCCUCGACCGCAGCUUUUGGCGGACCCUAAAUCCAUUUCGCUACCUGCUAAUGGCCUUACCUUAUCACGACCGGUGAACACCUCUAAACUCAACGACUUGGCGAGAGGCUAUUAUUUAAGAUUUUGUGAAGUUCUAGGCAAAAUCACCUUACUCUGUGAUAACACCUUUGGGGGCCAGGCGGCCCUUGACGAAAAAUUCGGCAGUUCAACACCCAAGACACCCAUAUCAGAGGCAUUCAGCUUCGCUCGACGCGACGAUCACUCAACGAUAAUAGACCAGAAACAGAGUUUCUACGAUCUUCUACACGUAGCUGUGCAAACGAUUCCCAGAUGCUUAUCGGACCAGAUCCCUUUCAAUUCUUUGAUUAAUCUCCUCUGCACAGGAACAGCUCAUGUGCAAUCGAAUAUAGCCAGGUCAUCAGCCGAGUCCCUCAAGUCCAUUGCUCGCCAAACACAUGCUCAGCAAGUCAUCAUUGGAUUUGCUCGGUUCAUUUUUAAUUUCGACGCAAGAUAUUCGACAAUGUCGGACGAAGGAAUGCUAGGGCCUGGUCAUAUUGAGUCGACAUUGACUUUGUACGUUGAGCUCUUGAGAAUCUGGAUUGAAGAAAUCCAGCAAAAGACGAAAGAAGCCUCAUCCGACCAUUCUGAAAGUAACACCGGUUCCGGUACUCGAGCGUUGCAGCUUGAUUUGUCUAGUGUCCUUGCCUAUGUUGAGGAAAUCGAAGCACACGGUCUCUUCUUCUUGUGUUCCCAGUCACGAAGAGUGCGCGGAUUCGCAAUAUCGGUGCUGCGGCUAGUCACGGAAUUUGAUAGUGCUCUUGGCAAAGAAAGCACAAGAAUAAUUCGAAUUCUAGAAGCGGACUCUCACCAAAUUAUGGACCUGAAUGAUGAGCAGCUUACAGUUGCAGAAAGGAGUCGUCUACAUAAGGGAAAGAGGAGGAGUGCAUCGCAGAACACAUUAAUCGAAUUGUGUAACAGCGAAGUCUCGUACGACUCCACGCUUUGGGUUAAGGUAUUUCCUAACAUAAUUCGCGUCACAUUUGACACAUGCCCUGUUGCGGUCACGCUUGCCCGGGAGAUUGUAUGCGCCAGGCUCGUACACAUGCAUAAGACCAUUACCUCUCUCGCUGAGAUGCCUCGUCAUCAAUAUUAUGGCUCUCUUGAUGUCAUGCAGGGCCGAACAACGUUAGGUAGAGCUAGUAGUCCUGCAGAGAUCAUGAUUGAACAGUGGAAGCUAUACCUAGUUAUGGCUUGCACGACGCUUAAUAGUGUCGGGGCACAGUCUCAGAGCCAACUAGCCAACGCUCAGCACGCUCGUAAGACUUCUAGAGCGACACAAACUGCACAGGAUAAAAUUGGCUCUGCCCGAGCUUUGUUUGCUUUUGUAAUCCCGUUGUUGUCUGCGUCGCUUGACUCGAUCAGAGAUGCUGUUGUUGCAGCAUUGGGCUCGAUUAACAAGAGUCUUUACCGCACACUUCUCGAGUCUUUACAAUAUGCGGUAACGACAUGCAAUGAAGAGGCUAAACUCCGGAUUGGCACCCAUACUCGGACCCCUAGCAGCCCUCGCCGCAGCCGAAAGACUGACCGUCUACGUACUGAAGUCACCCACGUGUACAAACUUACGUCCACAUUUCUCAAGGAGCCAGAUGUUUUCAAUGAUGACUGGAUUGUUAACAAUCUUAUCACAUACGCAAAGGACUUACGUAUUUUCCUGAGUGAUGCUGAGGUGCAGAUUGAUUGGGGUUUCCAACGCCUACGUUCCCAUUAUUGUGGUCUCAUGGAGGAGCUUUUUGAAGGUAUCAAUCGGUCUAAAGAGCCCUCCCGCUGGUUGUCAUUUGAAUCCCGCAAAUCUGCUUUUUCAUUAAUGGAGGAUUGGUGUGGAUACUCACCCAGCCAAAAAGAAAUCGCUCAGCGUGAAGAAAACAUGAGAAGGAUUGCUAUUGCCCAACAGCAGGAGACCGGGGAGAUACGAAAUACAGCAGCAGCGAUGGAAAUAGAAAAGAAGAAUCUUCGCGUAGCUGCACUAAGUGCUAUGGCAUCGUUAUGCGCCGGGCCAAUCAGCACAAUUACAGAAGGUGGCUCAGUUCUCCAAUUUGAUGUCACCCGAAUAUUGAAAUGGAUUGACAGUAUCUUUGAAACUAUGAGUGACAAGUUGCAUGCUAUUGGCCAACGGGCACUAAAGAACUUGAUCAUUCACAACAAAGAAUACUCAUAUUUACUUGAGCGAACGGUAGAAAAGUGCUAUAUGUCAGAACCUCGCAAAACUUACACGUCUGAUCCUCAUAAGCCCCUUGAAAGCUAUUUCGAAGUUGUCGCCCAAGUUCUUAUUGAAGAGACCAAUUACUCCCUAGCAUUCUGGAGAAUUCUUGCCGCUGUCCUAUACACUUUGGGGAAUGAGAAACGCGAAAUUCGGAUGAAGUCUGCAAGACUCCUUCGUACUUUAGAGGAGCGACAACAGAAGAGCUCCCGGUUGCAGGAUUUUGAUAUCAGCAUUUCUGACAAGACCACAGCUGUCUAUAAGCUGGCCCAGUUUGAGAUAUCUAAGCGACUCGCCUCACAACAUGGUGAUCUGGCCUUCAUCAUAUUUUCCGAGUUCUGCUUGCACUUCCGGACCUUCUCCCCUGACGGACAACGCAAUAUUGUGACAGCAGUAUUGCCAUGGAUUCAAAUAAUGGAAUUGCAAAUCGACCCCAACAAUCAACUCACAGCCAACUCUUAUAUGCUACUUGCAAACUUGUUCGAAAUCACUAUUAGUCGCAGCAGCAUCCUACCUAAUGAGGUGCAGGCUCUUUGGCAAGCAUUAGCCACCGGCCCACAUGGAGGCAAUGUGCAAGUUGUACUCGACUUCAUCAUUGGUCUCUGUCUAGAUCGCAAGGAGCAGAACUUCGUUGAGUUUGCAAAGCAAAUCGUGGUUUUCCUGUCUUCCACCCCAGCAGGAUCUAAAGUCAUCGAAUUUUUCUUGUUGCAUGUUGCGCCGAAACAUAUGGUACAAGAGCGAAAGGAUACCGUAGUCACACCGCCUGACAAUCGAGGCCUACCCUAUGUCGCCGAUUUGGAUGAGGUCCUCCCAAUAGGGAACAAGCAGGCCGGCCUGUCAUUGGGACAGCUUUCAAUGAUUUUCCUCGUAGAUUUAAUGGUUGCCCCUGUCACUCUGGCUCUUGACGAUGUUGUCAAACUAUUACACGUGGUUUUGAUACUCUGGGAUCAUUAUAACCUUACAGUCCAGGAACAAGCAAGAGAAAUGCUUGUGCAUCUUAUACAUGAGCUCGUUGCGUCAAAGAUACAAGAUGAAGCCGCUUCCGACAGCCGAAAAGCCAUCGAGGACUUCGUGGAGUCGAUUCGAAAAAGCGAAACUUCAAUGAUCUGGGAAUAUGAAGAUAAUACUGGUAAAGACGAAGAUGAUGAGGGAGCAAAAGUGCCAACGGCCAUGGCCCUUGUUACACGAGAGGUUGUCAACUUCUUCAGCUUGACUUUUGACGACAUCGGUGAUAGUUGGUCCAAGGAAGCUUUAAGCUGGGCUACCUCGUGUCCCGUUCGCCAUUUAGCUUGUCGAUCAUUUCAGAUCUUCCGCUGCAUCUCAACAUCUCUUGAACCAAGAAUGCUAGCUGAUAUGCUGGCUCGACUCUCAAAUACCAUCGCUGACAAAGAAACCGAUUAUCAAACAUUUUCGAUGGAGAUUUUGACCACCCUCAAGGUGAUAAUAAGUUCUCUCGCACCAGGGGAUCUCAUGCGUUAUCCUCAGCUUUUUUGGACGACGUGUGCAUGUCUCAAUACUAUACAUGAGACAGAGUUUAUCGAGAGUAUUGGCAUGCUCGAAAAACUACUAGACAGGAUCGAUAUGAGUGACGCAAAUGUCGUAAGUACACUAAUGGAGAAUCAACCUCCACUGUGGGAAGGCGGUUUUAGUGGUAUCCAAGACUUGGUGUACAAAGGCCUGAAGUCAUCGAAGUCAUUAUAUGGAACACUAAGUCUACUGCAUCGGCUGAUAGCCUUGCCAGACAAUGCCAUCAUCGGGGGUAGCAACCGACUACUUUUUGCCAUGUUGGCAAACCUACCUCACUUCCUUAGUCAGUUCGACGUCGAGGAAUGCGACCCAAAAAUCUUGGACAGGGCUGAUCUAUUAGGCAAAGUUGCCGAGCGAUAUGGUUUAGAGGGACUUGCUGCCUGUCUAAUCGGACUAGCUAAUACUCAGUGGAAGAAGGAGCAGGAUUUUUUACAGCAUAUUGUUUCUGAAAUACGUUCCCACUACUUCCCAGAACAAGAGGUGUAUAGUUUGGUAUUUGUCAUGGGACUAUUGACGAAUACUACGACAUGGUUCCGCAUCAAGGUCAUGAGUAUCUUGUGUGCCUUGAUUCCGGAAAUGAACAUGCGGCGCUCCGAGGUCACUUGUCACGGACCGGAUCUGAUUUCUCCUCUACUGCGACUUCUGCAGACUGAACUUUGCCCUCAGGCACUCAAGGUUAUGGAUCACAUCAUGGAAGUUUCUGGUAAUCCGCUUGAACGGCAGCAUCUACGAAUGAGCAUGGCAUCUUCGUCUUCUUCCCGCGCUAUUCGAAAGCAGUACGAACGUGUUCAAAGUCUAUACGGAAUUCCGGAACCGACCGGGUGGUCUAUCCCCAUUCCUGCGUCUCAAUCGGCUAAUACUCGUCACAAUGUGCACGCCGUGUUCUACACAUGUGCCGAAGCUGAUCGAACGGAAGCACAAAGAGUUGCAACUCCUGAAGUGGAGUUCCAUUUUGACGAGUACAACGAAUCAUACUUCCCAUCAAUGCGGGCUGAUACUAUGCAAUCGAUCGAUACUCAGACGGACGGAAACAUGGGCGAUAUUGUUCAGAAGCUUGAUAGCUUGGAUGACUUCUUUGACGAAACCGACGGAGUGGAUUCAUCCUUUGUUAUGAUUUCAGGUCUACGUGGGUUCCCUGGCAAUUUUGUGGAUACUCCAGCAAGCCUCUACGAUCAACAGACAGCGCCGAUUCUCCGCAAAUCCCUUGCUCGAACACCUUCCUCGUCGUCUUUCCAUAACGGCCUCGCGGAGACAUCGCGCCCCCCAACUCGACUCGACGGCAUGUUAAAUCUUGGCUCACCACCACUUUCUCAAACAAGUGCAGCCGUACCGGGCCUCGGCGCCACCAUACGACCAGCGAUGCAUAACCGAUCAGUAACCUCACCGGCAAACCACCUUGCACAUCACAAAUCGAGCCUUUCCACAACUAUCCCGACAAUGGAAGCCACGUUCUUCUCGGACAGUGAGCUCGAGGAGGGAUUCUCAGACGUUGAUGAGCGGACAGGGGGGUUUCAAGGUCCAGCACGUAGUGCAUCGUCAACUACAGCGCGGAAGGGGUCCGAGACUGCGCCAUCUCUCGAGUCAAUGAUCCGCAGUGGCAUGCGGCGUCUAACCGGCGGCACCGCUUCUGCGCGCGACAAGGAGCGGCAACGAGAUCUUUUACGGGCUCAGCAACGAGCAGCUGUUCAGACGGCGAACUCUCCACGAGUGCCCAAAGUUCCUGCAGAAUUCCUCACGGGUUCGGUGAAUAGCCCAACGUCCCCAGGGCAGGGAGGAGCGUGAUGCUUUUUGUUCAUUAUAAGCUGGUAUCUGUACUACAACUUUUUUUUCAUUUGACGGCGCAUAUUAAAAUCAUGCUUGGCGCACAAGGGAAAGGCUCAAUUCCCAUUCUCCGGCGUUUCUCAUUCUUAUACAUAUUCGGACAGAUUUUGUAGUCUCUAACUGUGCAUAUGAACAUAUCAUACAUACUAUACCAUACGAUUCAAUUCA